GGGACCCACGAAAUGAGAAAGAAAGUGGUGUAUCUGCUGGCAUGACAGACUGGUUUCAAGCAUCAAACAGCGUAACAUAAUAUAAUCACUUUCUCUUCACACCCACCCAUCCAUCCAUCUUCCUCUCUUUUCUUCCAUCAACCCUUCAACCCUUCAUCAACGACAAUAACACCACCACCACCACCAACAACAACCACCCUGCUUACUCCAUGGCCCAAGAAACCCAAAACCCACCUCCCCCUCAGGAAGUGCCGCCAGUUGUCGACCCUGUCCCUCUCGACAACGCACCUACCACCGAACCUCAACCCGAACCUCAACCUGAACCUGAACCUCAACCUGAAACUGAAACCCAGGAGAAGGUCCAGGCCGCUGUCGAAGACAAGAUUUCUGAAUCGGUUUCGUUCAAGGAGGAGACCAACGUCGUCGGCGACCUCCCCGAGGCGCAGAAGAAAGCCCUUGAUGAACUCAAGAAGCUUGUUCAAGAAGCGCUCAACAAGCGUGAGCUAACCGCGCCCAAGCCCCCCACGCCAGAGCCAGAGAAGAAGAAACCAGACACCGUCAAGGAGCCUGAAGUGGCAGCGGGAGAAGCAGAGAAGGAGCCGGAAGGGGCCGCAGAAGAAGCGGAGAAGAAGGAAGUUGAAUUGACCGAAGAGAAGAAGGAAAUUGAAGUUAAAGAAGAGACGAAGGAAGUAGAAGUGACAGAAGAGAAGAAGAAGGAGGUUGAAGUGACAGAAGAAAAGAAGGAUGUUGAAGUUAAAGAAGAGAAGAAGGAUGUUGAAGUUAAAGAAGAGAAGAAGGAAAUAGAAGUGACGGAAGAGAAGAAGGAAGUACACGUGACAGAAGAGAAGAAAGAUGUAGAAGUGACAGAAGAGAAGAAGGAAGUAGAAGUGACGGAAGAGAAGAAGGAAGUAGAAGUAACUGAAGAGAAGAAGGAAGUAGAAGUAACUGAAGAGAAGAAGGAAGUAGAAGUAACUGAAGAGAAGAAGGAAGAAGGGGUGACAGAAGAGAAGGAGGUGGUUGAAGCGACAGAAGCGAAGGAGGUGGAAGAGGAACUUGGUCCGGAGGAAGUUGAGAUAUGGGGAAUUCCGCUGCUGGCGGAUGAGAGGAGCGAUGUGAUUCUGCUAAAGUUUCUGAGAGCGAGGGAUUUCAAGGUAAAGGAUGCCUUCACCAUGCUCAAGAACACCGUGCGUUGGAGGAAGGAAUUCGGAAUCGACGCUCUGGUCCUGGAAGAUUUCGGAACUGAUUGGGACAAGGUGGUGUUCACUGAGGGACACGACAAACAAGGCCACCCCGUGAAUUACAACGUCUUUGGUGAGUUCGAGAAUAAGGAGUUGUACAACAAGACCUUUUCGGACGAGGAGAAGCGCAACAAGUUCAUCAGGUGGAGGAUUCAGGUGCUGGAGAAGAGCGUGAGAAGCCUCGACUUCUCUCCCACUGCCAUCUCCACCAUUGUGCAGGUCAACGACCUCAAGAACUCUCCGGGACUCGGCAAGAGUAACCUCAGGCAGGCCACCAAUCAGGCCCUUCAAUUGCUUCAGGAUAACUACCCUGAAUUUGUGGCCAAGCAGAUAUUUAUCAAUGUUCCCUGGUGGUACCUUGCCUUUUCUAGGAUGAUCAGUCCGUUCUUCACACAGAGGACCAAGAGCAAAUUUGUGUUUGCUGGGCCAUCCAAGUCUGCCGAAACCCUUUUCAAAUAUAUUGCUCCGGAGCUGGUGCCCAUUCAAUACGGUGGACUGAGCAGAGAGGGUGAACAGGAAUUCACCACUUUUGAUUCUGUUACGGAGGUCACAAUCAAACCCGCAACCAAACAUGCUGUCGAGUUCCCAGUUUCUGAGAAAAGCCACCUGGUUUGGGAAAUCCGAGUGGUGGGUUGGGAUGUGAGCUACGGAGCUGAAUUUGUGCCCGCAGCGGAGGAUGGAUACACUGUCAUUGUGCAGAAGAACAGGAAAAUUGCUCCCGCAGAUGAGACCGUGAUCAGUCACGGUUUCAAAAUUGGUGAAGCUGGCAAGGUAGUACUCACCAUAGACAACCAAACAUCCAAGAAGAAGAAACUCCUCUACAGGUCAAAGACCAAACCCAUCGCAGAGUGACUUCAAGGAACAACAGUCUCUAAAUGCAAUUCGUGUUCAUGUUCAUGUUCAUGAGGAUGUCGAGGUGAACAACAAUAAUAAGGGUGUUACUGUUAUAUAUAUUCAUCAUCGUUACAACUAUGCAACUUAAUUUGGGGGUGGGUGGGGGACUUCAUUCUUUCAUACCGGGUUAUCUUGGGUUACUUUGUUCAUUUGCUUCAUAAAUUAUUUUUGUUUCAAGUCUGGGAUCGGGCAAUUUCAUUGACACUGCCUAGUCUCUCACUGUAAUUUGGUGUUUUGUUUAUUUGUUUCUGGAAUUGGAUAAAACCUUUGCUGCUUGGAAAUGUUUGAAACGGAAUGCAUCAAUUGAGCCAAGCAAGUCAAGGAAGGUUGGUGGGGGAGAGGGAACAACAUAGUGGGGUUCAUUUGUACAUCAAAAUUUGUCACUCCUGUUUGCAUUGUGAUACUCUUAUGGCUGUAAAGUUUGUUUAAAUGUGAUCGUCAUGUAUUCCUUACUCCCGUAUAUAAUCAAAAAUUUACUUUAUUGGUUC